UAAAUAGAUGUUUUACCUCACAAAUUUACGAAGCUUGAAUCAAAUUUACCGGUCUCGGAUAUGUAAUUCAUUUUCUAACCGUAUAUGGCUGAGUACAGCAGUUACUGUAACAGUUGAUAUUUUAUCUUUACUCAUCGUAUGAAAGAACAUAAAAGUAAUAAACAAAAUGAAAUAUUGCAUUUAUCAAACGCGACAUAAAAAUGAAAACGGGCGGGUAUAUUAAAGAUAAACAAAGGCUGAAAGGAAAUUUAAAGCAUAAAAAGUGGAAUCUGUAGUGCUGGAUUGUUUUGUCUGCAUGAAAAACAAACAUUAUUUAUUUUCCGUGUUAUAAAAAUGAUUCAUUAAGAAACGAAAACGUAAAUAAAAAACGAAAAAGACAUUGUAUGAAUUUAUUAAUAUAAUACAGUUUAAGAUAACAGGUUAACCAACGAAGUAUUUUCCAAAAAGAAUAUGGCUGAAAAGUACACUGACGCAGAAACGAUUCUUAAAUUUGCACGUUAUUUACGUGACAUUAAAUGUGAUAUUGAUAAAGAGUAUACCGUUGAAGUAAGUUCGCUUUUAUCUGAAAUGCGGUAUAAACAGCAAAGUACACAGGAGAUUGACGAGUGUAUUGAAGCUAUCGAAGAUGUCAUUAAAGGCUUGAAAGAAAUGUCAGAUACUGUUGGCACAAUUAAAGAAAAAUUUACAGAUGCUAAAAUCAAAGGACUUCAGAAACAGCUAAGAAAAUCUCAGGUACGGGAGACGUCCGGACGUACAUUGGAUUCAAACAAUGACAGCGGCUGCUUUUCAACAGAUUCAAGAGUGCUUUCAUUAUCUGAAUCAACACCCAUUGUUCAGGCCAGUGACGAUUACCCAUCUACAAGCGAGAAUGACGUCACAUCAACUCGAACAGUGACCUCUUUACACACGGAGCCGACCCAGCAUGAAGACACCAGUGACCCGGAUAAGAUAGGAGUCGAUAGUGCCUGUUAAAAUAUCCCAUCUACGCCAAGUAAAAUGUGCAAUAUACAUCUUGAAGUUUAUUCUAGUGUAGUUAAAUUUAAUAACCUGAUAUUCUAUUCAGGUCAUGAGAAAAAAAUCCUGUUUUUUAUCAUGUAUUAUUUGUAAAUAUUAGUAAAGUAUACAUUGGUAAAAUGGCAAAAAUAAUAAAAAAAAUGUGUGUAUAUAGAUUGCUAUUGACCUAUUAAAAAGGAGAGAAGCUGUUUGUAGGACAACGGAAACAUUGAGCGAUUGCAAAAGAAAUAUACUUAAACCGUUUUCAACGAAAUAAAUUGUAUGUAGGCCAGUGAAAACUUUUAAGCAAUUGCAAAAGGAAAUACUUGUCUGUAGGGCAAUUGAAACUUUGAGCGAUUGCCAAAGGAAGUACAUUGUAUGUAGGGCAAUGAAAACUUUGAGCAAUUGCAGAAGGAAAUACAUUGUUGUACAUUGUCUGUAGGAGAAUGGAAACUUUGAGCGAUUGCAAAAGUUUAAUAGUUACCAUAGGGCAAUGAAAACGUUGAGCGAUUACAAAGGAAAUUCAUUGUUUGUAGGACGAUGUCAACAAAGGAAAGGAAUUGUUUAAAACGGCAAUGACAGCGACUGAAAAGGAUAGGAGAUGAAAAUUUUAAGCGGUUGCAUAAAAAAAAUUGCAUUGAUUUUGAAUAUUUUUUUUUAUCAAAUAUGAAGAUAACAUUGUAAUUAUAUAAAGUAAAUGUUCAACCUGAUUUGAAAUAGCUGCUAUGCAGCUAAAUAUCUAGUACUUGGUGCUAGAAAUAAAUAAAUUUUGAUAGAUAGAUCAUGUACAGAUGUUGUAUUUACAGUCUGGUGCACUUUAUUGUGUUCGUUUCCUGCUCAGUACGUGUUGAUGUGUUCUCUACCGUUAAGUUCGUAUAACUGAGUUCUCGUUCCAAUCAAUACGUGUAAAUGAGUUCUCGUUCCAUUGUUCCAAUUAGUACGAGUAAAUGAGUUCUCGUUUCAAUCAAUACGUGUAAAUGAGUUCUCGUUCCAUUGUUCCAAAUAGUACGAGUAAAUGAGUUCUCUUUCCAAUCAAUACGUGUCAAUGAGUUCUCGUUCCAUUGUUCAAAUUAAUACGAGUAAAUGAGUUCUCGUUCCAAUCAAAACGUGUAAAUGAGUUCUCGUUCCAUUGUUCUAAUUAGUACGAGUAAAUGAGUUCUUGUUCCAAUCAAUACGUGUAAAUGAGUUCUCGUUCCAUUGUUCCAAUUAGUACGAGUAAAUGAGUUCUCUUUCCAAUCAAUACGUGUCAAUGAGCUAUCGUUCCAUUGUUCCAAUUAAUACGAGUAAAUGAGUUCUCGUUCCAAUCAAUACGUGUAAAUGAGUUCUCGUUCCAUUGUUCCAAUAAAUACGAGUAAAUGAGUUCUCGUUCCAAUCAAUACGUGUAAAUGAGUUCUCGAUCCAUUGUUCCAAUUAGUACGAGUAAAUGAGUUCUCGUUCCAAUCAAUACGUGUAAAUGAGUUCUCGUUCCAUUGUUCCAAUAAGUACGAGUAAAUGAGUUCUCUUUCCAAUCAAUACGUGUAAAUGAGUUCUCGUUCAAUUGUUCCAAUUAGUACGAGUAAAUGAGUCCGUUCCAAUUAGUAUGUGUAAAAGUGUUCUCGUUCCAAUCAAUACGUGUCAAUGAGUUCUCGUUCCAUUGUUCAAAUUAAUACGAGUAAAUGAGUUCUCGUUCCAAUCAAAACGUGUAAAUGAGUUCUCGUUCCAUUGUUCUAAUUAGUACGAGUAAAUGAGUUCUCUUUCCAAUCAAUACGUGUCAAUGAGUUAUCGUUCCAUUGUUCCAAUUAAUACGAGUAAAUGAGUUCUUGUUCCAAUCAAUACUUGUAAAUGAGUUCUCGUUCCAUUGUUCCAAUAAAUACGAGUAAAUGAGUUCUCGUUCCAAUCAAUACGUGUAAAUGAGUUCUCGUUCCAUUGUUCCAAUUAGUACGAGUAAAUGAGUUCUCGUUCCAAUCAAUACGUGUAAAUGAGUUCUCGUUCCAUUGUUCCAAUUAGUACGAGUAAAUGAGUUCUCUUUCCAAUCAAUACGUGUAAAUGAGUUCUCGUUCAAUUGUUCCAAUUAGUACGAGUAAAUGAGUUCUCGUUCCAAUCAGUAUGUGUAAAAGUGUUCUCGUUACAAUCAAUACGUGUAAAAGUGUUUUCGUUCCAAUUAGUACGUGUAAAUAGGUUCUCUUUUCGUUUAGUUCGUGUAUAGAUUAUUGCGUCCUUAUUUCGUUUAACUCACAUUAUUUCGGGUAUACAUUAAGGUUCUAUUUAACAGAAUAAAUGAAACUGAACACGAAUUAUGAGAUACAUUGGCUGGACUUUAACAAUUUAGUUUUCAUGCUUAAAAUACCAUUUUUGCAUUGAACGCAUUAACUAUGGUGUUUCUUAAUUUUGUCAUUUCUUUGCAAAUAUCGUAUAACAUGUAGAUGUUAUCAUGUAUAGAGAAUAUUCAAGUUUUUUUUUCUAUAAAUACAGGAUUUAUUUGCAUCGAGUGGUGUGAAAAUUAGUUUAAAUUAUUUCCUGAGUGG